AUGGACGACAGUAUGAGUGAGGGUGAGUUACGAGAGGACUCGGGACUCAGAGCUCAGGACUAUGGAGUUGAAAAGGAGAAAGAGAGGAGCUGUCCGAUAGGCUUGACUGAUGGAGAGGAAAGACCUGACAACCUAAGACAAGACCGCGACCAUGCAGCUGGAACCCUGACUCUUGAGUGUGACCUGCACAGCACCUUCUCUCGCUCGAGCGACCAGGGGUACGGGAAGUGGGAAGUGGGAAUGGGGAAUGGGGAAUUGGGAAACCUGGAACAAGAAGUCUUCCUUCGUACUUCGUACUUCCGUUGCAAAGAUCGUCGACGUGACAUGAAAGUGGCACUUCUGUACAUGAUACAUCUACGUCGCACUAUCUCAUUCCAAGGCCAGGGAUCCGACUUCAUUGACUUUGGCGUGUGGAAACUAAUGGAGAUCCGUUUCCCCAUCCAUCCACCUCUCCUGAAUAUUCACCCGCCUCGCAUUUGCAGUUUCUGCUCUGAAUACGACGUCAGGUCAGGCUACUCAGCACGCAAGUUUGGCAUCGAAGGUCCCCCCGGACCCCCCACUUCGAUCGUGUCUCCACUCUUUACUCCCCCACUGCCGAACCAAGGGGCCCGUUUUGGCCAUUGCUCCCCCGUUUUCCCCCUCACCGUCACCCCGCAUAAACCUAGUCUCCUCGUCCCAUUUCCCCGUGGGAGGAGAGCCCUGGCUGAAUUGAGGGCAUCGUCCACCACGUCGGCCGUGCCAGCCGUCCACUGUCGACAACUGAAGCCGUUGCUCGUACCCUCCGUGCCCCAUACUCCCCAAGUGUUCUUCUCCACCAUCGCUCGCAUUUCCACAGUCUCCCAUCUGACUCCACACGAAUCUACUCGGUUCCCCUCUCCUCCUCCGUCCCUCUUCUCGCGCCCUUGUCUCACCAUCUCUAACUCUCUCUAUUCAGACUUUUUCGUCGUGCCCAUAUGCUGUACAACGCUUACAUACCCAUGUCGCUCCCGCCUGUUUGCCGGCAUGGGGUACGGAACGCAUGUAAUCCAUUCAAUUCAUCAAAUCACCAUCUUCGGUGCGCUACAUAGGCGGUCAUCCUACGAAUCUCGGGUACCCUGGGCCUGCCUCGAGCGGGUGCGCGGAAAGGACGAGACGCAAGCCACCAAAUCGCCCCAGAAGCCAGAAGCCGAGUCUUGUCAGGCCCAGCCACCGAACCCUCCAAUCGCUGGCUUCCCCUCUUGA